GGCCCCCCACAUGACCCAGUCCGACACUGGCCACAGUUAUUUGGUUUGCAUAUUGUAAACAGUAAUCCGCAUAGUUUGUUCAGACCUCUAGCACAGCUGCUAAUCUUAUCUACGUUGCAUCACCAAGCAGGAACACAGGAAGUACAAGGUUUCACAGGUCACUUCAGGAACAACAACUAUCUUUAAAGCUGAAGGAUGUAUGAAGGACUAGCCAUGUUGGUGACUGUAGUAGCCGUUUUCCUCUUGUGUUGUGUUUUGCUGUUAGCAGGCGUCACUUACUAUGAAAGCUCAAAAGCGGAGAUUCCACCUGGGAUUGCCAAUCCUAAACUUCUGUGGAGAAUUCAUGCAAUGACAAUUGCUUUUUCCAAUUUGGGGAAGACAUGUCAGAAGCUUGGAAUAUGCAGUGAGAUUGGCUUUUUACAUAAGUUAAUGAGAUUUUCUAAGACUGAGGAGGAUCCAGAGCUCUUCAUGAAAAACUUGCAAUUUGAAGGGGUGCCUGUGAGAGUCUACCAGCCCAGAUCACCCUCGGUUGGUGACAGGAAAGGAGUUAUGUUCUUUCAUGGAGGAGGAUUCGUAUUUGGAAGCAUUGAUAGUCAUGACAAGCAUUGCCGAUACAUAGCAAAGACUUCUGGAGCUGUAGUUGUCUCAGUUGGGUACCGCCUGGCGCCAGAACACAGGUAUCCGGCAGCAUUUGAUGAUUGCCUCAGCGCCACAACUCACUUUUUGAAGACGGCACAUGAACAUGGAGUGGACUCUUCCUCCAUUAUAAUAUGUGGAGAUAGCGCAGGGGGUAAUCUGACGGCUGCCGUUUGCCAAGCCUUGGUGAGCAGGACAGAUCUUCCAAAGCCUCUGGCCCAGGUGCUGAUAUACCCAGCAGUCCAGAUGGUUGACUACAAUUUACCCUCAUACCAACAAAACAGCAUGGUCCCUCUAUUACUGCGAGAGCGUACUGUAUUUUACAAACUGCACUAUCUAGGUUGUUUUUGCGAUGAUCUAUGUAAAGAAGUUCUGCUUGGCAGUCAUGUUCCUCCUGAAAUGAGAAGGAAACUCAGCAAAUGGCUGAGCAUUGAUAACAUUCCUAAGGAGUUUACGGCCAAAGGCUACAAAACCCACAAUAUGGCCGCCUUUAAAAACAAUGUCUAUGAAAAAGUCAAACGAGUUUUUGAACCUCACUUCUCUCCGCUGCUGGCUGAGGAAUCUGUGAUUCGUCUUCUACCAAAAGCGUACAUCUUAACAUGCGAGUUUGAUGUUCUGCGUGAUGAUGGAUUACUCUAUAAGAGACGCCUGGAAGAUAAUGGAAUCCCGGUCACUUGGUACCAUGUUAAAGAUGGAUUCCAUGGAGUCGUGAGCUUCUUUGAUGGACCUAACUGUUCUUCUGGAAAGCUGGCUCUAGAUAAUGCAAAGACAUUUCUGAAGCUUGGAAUAUGCAGUGAGUUUGGCUUUUUACGUCCGUUAAUGAGAUUUUCUAGGACUGCGGAGGAUCCAGAACUCUACAUGAAAAACUUGCAAUUUGAAGGGGUGCCUGUGAGAGUCUACCAGCCCAGAUCACCCUCAGUUGGUAACAGGAAAGGAGUUAUGUUCUUUCAUGGAGGAGGAUUCAUUUUUGGAAGCAUUGAUAGUUAUGACAAUCACUGCCGAUACAUAGCAAAGACGUCUGGAGCUGUAGUUGUCUCAGUUGGGUACCGCCUAGUUCCAGAACACAGGUAUCCAGCAGCAUUUGACGAUUGCCUCAGCGCCACAAUUCACCUUUUCAAGACUGCACAGGAACAUGGAGUGGACUCUUGCUCCAUUGUAAUAUGUGGAGAUAGCGCAGGGGGUAAUCUAGCGGCUGCCGUUUGCCAAACCUUGGUGAGCAGGACAGAUCUUCCAAAGCCUCUGGCUCAGGUGCUGAUAUACCCAGUAGUCCAGAUGAUUGACUGCCAUUUGCCUUCAUACCAGCAAAAUGGCAUGGUCCCCCCAUUGCUCACAGAGAUCACUGUAUUCGGCAUACUGCAGUAUCUAGGUUGUUUUUGCGAUGAUGUAUGUAAAGAAGUUAUGUGUGGCAGUCAUGUUCCUCCUGAAAUGAGAAUGAAACUCAGCAAAUUGCUGAGCAUUGAUAACAUUCCUGAGGAGUUUAAGGCCAAAGGCUACAAACCCCACAAGAUGGCCGACUUUAAAAGCGAAGUCUAUGAAAAAGUCAAACGAGAGUUUGAACCUCACGUCUCUCCGCUGCUGGCUGAGGAAUCUGUGAUUCGUCUUCUACCAAAAACGUACAUCUUAACAUGCGAGUUUGACGUUCUGCGGGAUGAAGGAUUACUCUAUAAGAGACGCCUGGAAGAGAACGGAAUCCCGGUCACUUGGUACCAUGUUAAAGAUGGAUCCCAUGGAGUCAUGAGCUUCUUUGAUCGACCUAACUGUUCUUCUGGAAAGCUGGCUCUAGAUAAUGUUAUUACUUUUAUAAAAAAUCUCUGAGUAAUUAUGUUAUAUUUCAUUCUUGUAAUUCAGUAUACAUUCCACUGGCCAGAGGUACUGUAGUAGGAGCCAUGUUCCUUUUCACAUUUCUUGAUUACGUGCUGGCUGUGUCUCCUUCCAGAAAAGGAGACACAACCAGCAUGAUUGACUCUAGCACAUGAUUGACUCUAGAGAUGGGAUGCAGGCACAUUUAAGAGUAUAAUUAAAGUCAUCCUUAAAGAGGACUGGGCUGCAAAGAGACUUAGCUCACAGAAGAGGUUGCCCUACUCUUCGAUGUGAAUGGUACAUGGACAAUUCUAGGGCCAGAUUAAGGUCUGUGGGGACCCCUGGGCAACAAAUUUGUGGGAGCCCUGUCAAUAAAAUUAGCAAUAUACACACAUACUACCGUUCAAAAGUUUGGGGUCACCCAGACAAUUUUCGUCGUUUCCACUUUUAUUUAUCAAAUGAGUUUCGAAAUGAAUAGAACAUAUAGUCAAGACAUUGCCACGGUUAGAAAGAUAUAUAUUUGAAAUAAUUAUUUUGUCCUUCAAAUUUUGCUUUCGUCAAAGAAUGCUCCCUUUACAGCAAUUACAGCAUUGCAGACCUUUGGCAUUCUAGCUGUUAAUUUGUUGAGGUAAUCUGAAGAAAUUUCACCCCACACUUCCUGAAGCACCUCCCACAAGUUGGAUUGGCUUGAUGGGCACUUCUUGCGUACCAUACGGUCAAGCUGCUCCCACAACAGCUCAAUGGGGUUGAGAUCUGGUGACUGUGCUGGCCACUCCCUUACAGACAGAAUACCAGAUGCCUGCUUCUUCCCUAAAUAGUUCUUGCAUAAUUUGGAGGUGUGCUUUGGGUCAUUGUCCUGUUGUAGGAGGAAAUUGGCUCCAAUCAAGCGCUGUCCACAUGGUAUGGCAUGGCGUUGCAAAAUGGAGUGAUAGCCUUCCUUGUUCAAAAUCCCUUUUACCUUGUACAAAUCUCCCACUUUACCAGCACCAAAGCAGCCCCAGACCAUCACAUUACCUCAAUAUAAACAAAAAAAUAGAGAAAACCACUUAACCAGCGCUUCUGUUUGUUCAAUAGUUCAUUUGUUCUUCUCAAAUCAUCCCCAUCGUAUUGCAUAUACAACAAAGAGGUAGGAAAGAGAAUAUAGUGUAAUACAAUUUUUAAUAAUAAACAACAUAAAAACAAUGUAAUCCAGUGGUCUGUAUAAAAGGCAUAUUAGACAGGUAGGCUUCUCAGUCAAAAUAGAUACAAUGGAGGUUUAUCAAAUUUGGUGGAACUGCGGUUUAGACAGUUCAAAAGCAGCAUGUAGGUAUGGUGGAAGUCCCGGAAACGCCACUCAUAAUCGUCCCAGCUGCUGAUUCCAUACAGGUUCUCCUUCAGGAUAUUAGAACUGAGAUGCCUCCUUCACCAACGCAUUUCCUCCCCUACUGGGGUCUUUAUCAAGGUGUCAGUAUGCCUUACUCCUGUUUCUAACACUAUUUAAACUGUCCAUGUCCAAUGAGCUGCCUCCGUGCGUAGCUGUAUGCGUCUAGACAUAAAUUUCCUACAAGUCCCAGCAUCCUCCAGCUGCGCACGGUACUCCCGCUACGUCACUUCCGGUAUAGCGGGUUGCCAUGGUAAUGUCGGAUCCCCGAGCACAGUCGCGGGUCCGCUCACCUGUGCUUCGUUCUCAAUGAUUCAUUAAGUCUCUCGGUCUUUACUGGCUUUGCUCAAAUUAUAGUUGUAUUUUUUGAUAGAAAUAAAACAUCCAGAGGUUUUGAAGCGUCACGUCACUUCCGGGGGCGUUCCGGGGCGGACAGGUUUGUUGUCAUGGAGACGCAAUCUAAAAGUAGUUUUGAAAUACUUUAAAAUAUACACAAAUCUUAAAAACAACAGAUCAAAAAACAACUCUAAAUACAUCAGAUCUAGACUUACCAUAUAUCAACACCAAAAAACUUUAAUUUAAAAACCAUUUGAUUUCAAAGUCGGCAUUUAUGCCGCCUGGUUUUAACGUGCCUAGUUCUUAAAUGGCUUGCAUUUCUGCUUUAGCCAACUGGCUUGCCAAAUCUUUUUUUCUCCAGUGGUUCUUUACAUUCUUGAUUCCGCAAAACCGUUUAAUCCCAGUUACGCUACAUUUAUGGUGAACCCUAAAAUGUUCAGACAGCGUAUGAGUCGUGAGUGCUUUCUUAAUAUUUCUUAGGUGCUCACUAAUCCUAAUUUUAAGAGGUCUCGAAGUUCGACCUAUGUACCAUAAAUUGCAUGUGCACUCGAUUGCAUAUAUUACAUUGGCAGUGUUACAUGUUACAAAAUCUGUUAUUUUGCAGUUUUUAUCAUUAAUCACUACCUCUGUUAUUUUCCCACUGUUGCUUGAUAUAUUUUUGCAACCGAUGCAUAAUCUACAUCGAAAGAAACCUUUUGAUUUUACAGUACACAUAGGUUUCUUAGCAGGUAGUGCACUCUUCACGAGAUUUGUUUUUAGGUUAGGAGCCUUCCUAAAAAUGCACUUGGGUUUUUCUGGCAAUAUUGAACCAAUGAUAGGGUCUUUCCUUAGGAUCCCCCAAUGUUUGUUGAGGGAUUUCUCUAGGAUUCUAUGUUGACUAUUAAAUGAAGUAAUAAAGGUCCAGUCAUAUUGUGACCCUUUUUCUCUUUCCUCUUUCUUUUUUGGUUGUAAGAGAUCUUUGCGGUCAAGCUUUGCCACUUUCGUUCAAGCACUCUCUAUCUUUUCGAUUGGGUACCCGAAAGCCUUGAAUUUUGACUUCAUCUCCUCCGCUUGAAUCUCAUAGAGUGCAGAAUUAGUACAAUUGCGUUUCAAGCGCGUAAACUGACUAUCCGGAAUGGAGUUUAACCAAUUGGAAUGGUGGCAACUGGUGGCAUUAAUGUAGGCCCCUGAGUCAGUCGGCUUAACAAAAGUUUUUGUUUCUAUCUUGUUAUUUUCAAUAAAAAUGGUUAUAUCUAAAAAAUUGAUAGUUUUUUUUUUUACUACUUUCAAAUGUUAAAAAGAUGUUGUCUGUAUUCAAAUUAAGAUAGUUAAAAAAUUGCUCCAAGGUAUCUUCACUCCCCUUCCAAAUAAAAAAGAUCACAUCACAUUACCUCCACCAUGCUUGACAGAUGGCGUCAGGCAUUCUUCCAACAUCUUUUCACUUGUUCUGCAUCCCACAAAUAUUCUUCUGUGUGAUCCAAACACCUCAAACUUCGAUUCGUCUGUCCAUAACACUUUUUUCCAAUCUUCCUCUGUCCAAUGUCUGUGUUCUUUUGCCCUUAUUAAUCUUUCCCUUUUAUUGGGCAGUCUCAGAUAUGGCUUUUUCUUUGCCACUCUGCCUAGAAGGCCAGCAUCCCGGAGUCGCCUCUUUACUGUAGACGUUGACACUGGCGUUUUUGUGGAUACCAUUUAAUGAAGUUGCCAGUUGAGGACCUGUGAGGCGUCUAUUUUUCAAACUAGAGACUCUAAUGUACUUGUCUUCUUGCUCAGUUGUGCACCAGGGCCUCCCACUUCUCUUUCUACUCUGGUUAGAGCCUGUUUGUGCUGUUCUCUGAAGGGAGUAGUACACACUGUUGUAGGAAAUGUUCAGUUUCUUGGCAAUUUCUCACAUGGAAUAGCCUUCAUUUCUAAGAACAAGUAAAGACUGUCGAGUUUCACAUGAAAGUUCUCUUUUUCUUGCCAAUUUGAGAGUAUAAUCGAACCCACAAAUGUGAUGCUCCAGAUAUUCAACUAGCUCAAAGGAAGGCUAGUUUUAUAGCUUCUCUAACGAGCAAACCCAUUUUCAGCUGUGCUAUCAUAAUUGCACAAGGGUUUUCUAAUAAUCCAUUAGUCUUCUACCGCGAUUAGCAAACACAAUGUAUGUACCAUUAGAACACUGGAGCGAUGGUUGCUGGAAAUGGGCCUCUAUACACCUAUGUAGAUAUUCCAUUAAAAACCAGACGUUUGCAGCUAGUAUAGUCAUUUACCACAUUAACAAUGUAUAGUGCAUUUCUGAUUAAUUUAAUGUUAUCUUCAUUGAAAAAAACAGUGCUUUUCUUUAAAAAAAAAGGAAAUUUAUAAGUGACCCCAAACUUUUGAACGGUGGUGUGUGUAUAUAUAUAUAUAUAUAUAUAUAGUCCAGCAUAGGCUCGGCACUCCCAUAGAAAAACAAAGCUUGGUCCG